AUGGUCUUCGAAGACGACGACGAGGUGCUGUCCGGUCGCUCAGGCGGCGAGGAAGACAGCCAGCCCCGACCCAAGAAGAGGCGGACAAACUCAAGUGCGCAAGCGAAUGGCGUGGAUACUGAAGGCCCCGCCUGUCAAUCCUGUCGAAAGAAGAAGGCUAGAUGCUCAAGGCGGCAGCCUUGCUCGGCAUAUGUAGAAUGUGUAUACGAUGACAGAAGAUCAAAACCGGGACUGCGCACUGGUGCCGUUGAGAACCUCAGCCAGAGAGUCGCCACGCUCGAAAACAUGUUCCUAGGUCAAGGAGUCCUGUGGCAACAGGUCUUCAACUGCUUGAAUUCGGCAGCCAGCCGUAAUGCCCCCAGUCCGAGCCAAGACGACUCUUCGAAUGUGUCGCUCAACGAGAGAACGACUGCGCUCAAAAACACUCUCGCAACCCUGGCCGAAGGUGGAGAGCCUGCGUUGACAACACUUGCAACCAUUCCGACGAAAGACACUGCCACUCCGGAAAAGGCGACGGAAAAGCCAGCGCGAACAAGUCUCAAUUUCGAUCCCAUGACCGAAGCAGACCUACUGCCAGAGCUGGACCUCAUGGACGCUCUUGUCGAUAUUUACUUUUCCAAUAUUCACCCCUGGAUUCCUAUGCUUCACGUGCGCCAAUUUCGGGAGAGGAUGCAGGACCCAGCCCAACGUCCCCAUCUCAACACCAUCUUUCAUGCCAUAGUUUCUUUGUGCGCAAGGUUCUCCCAAGAUUCCCGCCUAGGACUGCAUGAGGAAAAGACACGCAGGGCACGAAGAUGUCGGCAAUUUGUGAUACUGAACAGCAUGGAGUCCUUCUCAGUGGAGAAUCUUCAAGCUCUGACAAUAAUUGCUUUUGACACCUCUAUCGUUGGUAGCAUGACCCGAACAGUUGAGCAGCUACAGCUCAGUGUCGAAGACGAAGACCAACCACCGGCUGCGAAGCAUCUCAUAAAGCGUAUGGCAUUCCUGCCGCUAUGUCGAAGCUGGAGCGAACGAGAAGAGAGGCGUCGAGUUUUCUGGAAUAUCUUUCUGAUGGACAGGUUCUGCAGUGUCGCAACAGGUUGGAACUUUUCUCUCACCAGCGCGGACGUGAAACGACGUCUACCCUGCGAAGGGGCGCUUUGGGAGAAUGGAGAACCGCUCCAAACCCCAACACCAUAUUUCGGUGUAGCUGAUCAGUCCAGCGGUUCCAGUGGAACCCUUCCUACCGCGCGUUUGGAAGAGGCAGCUCAGGAUUCACUCGGAGGUUUUGCGUAUUGCAUCGAAGCCACCGAGAGUCUUAGUCUGGUGACGUCCUUCUUUCUUCAGCAAGCUAUUGAUGUCUCCAAGCCACACGAGAUACAAGUCUGGUUGAUGAAGUUCAAACAACUUGACUUGCGUCUCGUACAGUGGAAAAUAUUCCUUCCCGAACAGUGGCGGGAGGCAUGCGUUCUCAACGUGGACGGCAUCAUGGACCCCAAUCUCACUCUCGCUCACCUGACGCACAAUUCGAGCGUAGUGCUGCUUCAUCAGGGCGUCGUCUAUCCGUUGCCCGAAUGGCAAGCUACUGGAAUACGACUGCCUUCAGCAUCUAGUGCCGAAACGUGCAUGGCUGCCGCAACAGAGGUGGCUAUCAUUGCAGAGAAAUUUCUACAAGAUUCGCAGCAAGUCAUCAGCCCACAAUUCGCGUUUUGCCUCUUCAUCUGUGGACGAAUGUUUCUGGCCCAUUCAACCUACUACAACGUUGCUCUUCCGGAUGGCUUUGAUUCACUAGUAAACAGUCUUAACAUCAUAGCUCAAAGAUGGAACGGUCUUGGCGAUGUGUCCGACAACCUAGCAUCCAAAUUUGCCGGCCGGCUGGUUCAAGCGCGGCAUCAGGGCAGGGGAAUGCUCGACAUACGGCAGGCAGUCUACUCGGAUGAUGCCCGUCCAGACACAAUCUCCCUGCCGACUGGAGAUAACCCAAGGACUCCUGGGGUGUCUCGUGUUAGAUCGAAUCAUCGAGAUAUUGCAUUCUCGCCGAGUCAAGGCACCGGCCAAGAGUCCUUCGUCGGCGGCCUUGGAACUUCUACCAUGGACUUUGAACAAGAGGCAUCCCCUGACAGUAUAUCUCUGGCAUUUCCCCCGCUUCCGGUAGCGUUCCAUGCGCAAAGUACGAGCAGAGGCCCGACGGCCAUGCCGUCACCAGCGCCUGGCGGUGCGAUAAUGCCAAGCCACGCGAAUGGAUACGAUCACUUCGACGUCGGCGUUGUAAAUAACCAUGACAACAUACAUCACCCAGUUGGAGAUUUUGAGGAUCUCAACGCUUACUUGGACUACUCCUUCUUGCCGAACCAGCGAAUCAGUAUGUUCUCGGGGGCAGCAGAGAAAGAGUAG